CUCCUGCCGGGACAGCGCGGUGUGACGAAAGAGCUCGGAUUGCGACUCGUUGGGUGCUCACGAGGGCCUCUUUCGAUGCGAGCCCUCCUUGGGAGUGCGGGGCGAACGCUGAUUGUUACGGGGGAACUGGAGGUGCGGAACGAUGGUUCCGCGCAGCUCGCGUUCCCCACCCGGAGCAGGGCACAGAGCGCCGGGCGCGGUGAUGCAAUGGCUGUGACAGCAGAGCGCUGAGCGGUUAAGUAUCUCAUGCUCACAAAAAAGAGGAAAACGCUAUUAUUGAGAGAAAAGAAUUUCUUCUGGCUUUGCUGCUGCUUUCAAUAACCAAGCCAAAAAACUGGAAGUCUUUGGAUUUAAUUGAAUUGUAAAUAAAAACAUCAUUUACAGUCCAGCAAAAUGGCUGAUAUCCCGAACUGUGAUUUGAAAUCCUUGAGUCCGCUUCAGCUGUUUGAGAAAGUAACUGAACAAGGAGAGAAAGUCAGAGCACUGAAAGCAGGAAAGGCACCAAAGGAUGAAAUAGACGCAGCAGUGAGAAUGCUGUUGUCAUUAAAGCUGUCAUAUAAAACAACAACAGGACAAGAUUAUCAGGCAGGCUUGCCUCCAAAAGAUCAUGCAUUAAUAAACAAUGGUACAACUAAAGAAGAGGAUGAAGAUCUUGUGGAUCCCUGGAAUGUGCAGACAUCAAAUGCUAAAGGCGUGGAUUAUGACAAACUCAUAGUUCGGUUUGGCAGCACUAAAAUUGAUACAGAUCUGAUCAAUCGAAUAGAAAGAGCUACUGGGCAAAAACCUCACCGAUUUCUACGUAGAGGAAUCUUUUUUUCUCACAGAGAUAUGGACCAAAUUCUUCAUGCUUAUGAAAAUAAGAAGCCCUUUUACCUUUAUACUGGCAGAGGACCAUCCUCUCAGGCAAUGCACGUUGGUCAUCUUAUCCCAUUUUUAUUCACAAAGUGGCUGCAAGAAGCAUUUGAUGUUCCUUUAGUUAUACAGUUAACUGAUGAUGAGAAGUACCUUUGGAAGGACAUGACAACUGAGAAAGCAUAUGAAUAUGCUAAAGAAAAUGCAAGAGAUAUUAUUGCAUGUGGUUUUGAUGUCAAUAAAACCUUUAUUUUUUCUGAUUUAGACUAUUUGGGGUCAAGUACAGGAUUCUACAAGAAUAUCAUCAAAGUUCAGAAGCAUGUUACGUUUAACCAAGUGAAAGGGAUCUUUGGCUUUACCGACAGUGAUUGUAUCGGGAAAAUCAGCUUUCCUGCUAUUCAAGCUGCUCCAUCCUUCAGUUCAUCAUUUCCACAGAUCUUCAAUGGCAAGGAGAACAUUCAGUGUCUUAUCCCAUGUGCUAUUGAUCAAGAUCCUUAUUUUAGAAUGACCCGAGAUGUAGCACCUAGGAUUGGCUAUCCUAAACCAGCCUUACUGCACUCAGUCUUCUUCCCAGCCCUGCAAGGAGCACAAACAAAAAUGAGCGCUAGUGAUGUCAACUCCUCUGUCUUCCUCAAUGAUACACCCAAACAAAUUAAGACAAAGAUUAACAAGCAUGCCUUCUCAGGAGGCAGAGACACUAUUGAAGAGCACAGGAAGUAUGGAGGUAACUGUGAUGUUGAUGUGUCUUUUAUGUACCUGACUUUCUUCCUUGAAGAUGAUGACAAGCUUGAACAACUGAAACAAGCAUACACAAGUGGGGAAUUGCUCACAGGGGAGCUGAAGAAGGUGCUUAUUGAAACAUUGCAGCCCCUGAUAGCAGCUCAUCAAGAGAGACGGAAGCAGAUCACAGAUGAAGUAGUGAAGCAAUUCAUGACUCCGCGGAAGCUAGCUUUUGAAUUUUGAAGAAAUGCUUAUGUAACUCAUCACUCAGUUAAUCGAAAUUGAGUAGUUGUUGUCUUCUGCUGUAUAUUAUCACUCCCUAGUUAUAAACAGCCUGCACUCAGUGCUUUAUAAAUAUUGCUCUUAAUGAGCUACUUAUAAGGAGUAUCAGAGUACGGGAAAAGUUUAAAAUAGAGUUUAAAAUAGGAGACUUGUAUCUAUUUAAAAUCAAAGUAUGUUAAUUAAGGCAUCAAAUCUGUACAAGAUAUAAUUACCUAAUCUAACAGAGAAGCAUGUCUGUCAGCCCAAGACUGUAUUUUAUUGUAUUUCAUGUUGAAAAUAUAAAUAAAAUUGCCAUUUUGAUUAUAAAGUCUAAUUUGCAAAUUGUUUUAGAAAUAUUGGUUAACAAUCAUGCCUCAACCUAAUAGCUGGUAGUCUCCAUUGUGUUUCACGUCACAUGGUUUACUGGCCAAUGCGUCCUUUGGGGCUACUGGGAACAUGCUGCACACACAAAGUGAGUGUUACAUAGCAAAUCACAAGGUGUCUUGGGCCUGGGAUCUGUGCAGAAGAAAUGGAGAUCUAUGAAUUGUACACAAGAAAAAGAAAACCAGCCUGAUUUUCUUACUGCCUUCCUUUUUGAGCUGUCAAAAAGUUGCAGAAAUUUCACUCCUUUUUUUGCAUCUGUUCAACCAGUCUCAGUGCCUCUGAAGGCUAUUGUUAAGUUAUAAACUUUCUUGAUAUUCUCAGGUGGAAGAGAUUAGAGAAAUGCAAAUUUUAGUUUCAAGUUAUGAAAAAUACUAAAUGUUGGAUCAUACAGUGAAUACAAAUUUCCUCCUGGACACAGGGAUACUUGUAGUGUUUUACUGCACUAUGUAAUUUAAAGAUACACUUUCUCACCAAAAUACACUUUUUGUUAAAAAACAUCAUGUAAUAUUUCAUUUUUCCUUACUUAAAAAGAACUGUAAUAUCUUUGCUGUGAUUGAUGGGAAAAAAAUCAUGAUUCACUAAUUUAGUAUGUCUAAUUCUGAACACACAGUCAGAUCAGUCUUCUAUUCAUACAGAAAAAGCAGUUGCUAGCCCAGACGUGGCCUUAUCUAAGUCAAAUAAAAUUACCUUUGAUAACACUGGUGGGUAUUGAUAUAUGGUAUUUGCAAAUCAUUUAAAACAUAAGGAAGGCAAUGAAAUGGGGUGUGAAAUAUUUAAACUUUAACAGGUUUUCUUGUGCAGGUCAAAAAAAAAAAAAACCUCCACCCACCUGUUGUCUGUGAACCUUUGAAGUCAGCUGAUGGCACUUGAGUUAAAGGAGAAGUUACAAGGGUAAAAGUUCUUACUGGUUUCAAGUGACCUUGCAUCAGCCUGGUAGCACGUUUGAACUAUUUGCUCUGCCUGGAGCUUCUCCCUUCCCACCUGUAGUAGUUCUGUAACAUCAUAUAAACAACCUUUACAGUAGUGACCUGCAUUUCUGAGAUGUAAAUGUAUGCGUGCCAAGCUGUGUAUGAAGUAACCCUGUUUUUGUUAUAUUUAUGCAAGGGACUGAAGGAAGAGCAAAGCAAGUUUAGUCUUAGAAUCAUCACAGAAUGGCUUAGGUUGGAAGGGACCUUAAAGAUCAUCCAGUUCCAACCCCCUGCCUGGGCUGUUUGCCAGCCACCAGAUCAGGCUGUCCCAUACCCAUCCAACACAGCAUUGAAUGUCUCUAGAGACACUACCCACUUCUCUGGGCAGGCUGUGCCAGUGCCAUGCUCCCUCUGAAUAAAGAAUUUCCAUCUAAUAUCUAACUUAAAUCUCCCCAUUCCUCCUUGUCCUAUCACUGUCUGCCCAUGUAAAAAGUCAGUCCUCCUCAUGCUUGUAAGCUCUUGUUUUGCACAUUUUAAAUAUGAACUGAAAAGAAUUUGUUUAGCUUUUGUCCUGUUGUUACAGUUUAUGUAACCUGGUACCACUAAUCUAAUGUCAUGGACUUUAAUGUAUUAAACAUUUACCAGCCACUACCUCUCCAUAACCCAUGGGCAUUGUAUCUUAAUACAGACAAGUGUUUAACAAUCAGUAGAAACACUUUUUUUUUUUUUUUUAAGCAGUGGAGCAAUUCAUAGGAAAGACAAAUAGGUUCUUACAGAUGUUGUUAAAUAAACUAAUUUGUAUUUACAUUUACAAUUUAUAUUUGAAUAGACUUCAAUGAUGACCUUCCUGUCCUUGUCAUCUGCUCUUCUCCAUCUUUACACAAAACAUAAGACUUAAUGAAUUUUAAAGGGCUUUUUACAAACUUGCAAUGCAACUUUCUUGAAAAUGUUAUAUGGAGAUCUGUCCUUCAAGAUGUAUUUUGCUAACCAAAAAUGCAGUUAUUCAGGGAGGGGAAAUGUGCUGUAGAAGAAACAGCAGUGUGUUCUAUUCUAACUAAGCAUGUGGAUUAAUUUUCUAACACAGUAGUUAAAAUCUUACUCCAAAGUUUUAGAAGGGAAAAUGAUUGCAAAAUUAAUUUAAUACUUGUUUACUGAGCAAGCACUCUACUCACAUACUCUCAUGAGUACUUAGAAAAUGUGCUUCUGAAAUGACACACUUUCUCAGUCUUGGUAAAUGCUUAAAUCUGGUGUAAUUAUAAUUAACAUUCCAGAGACAUUUAAAGGUUAAGACAAGGUAGUUCUCAAACGUACGGAUGAAAUGUUAUCAGUCAAUGUUCAUUACACUUUCCUCAACUUGUUCGUGUUUUGUUUAUCUCACUAUAAUAAAAAACCACAGUAAAAAGUCUAUCCAACUUGUUUCGGUUUUUUGGAUUUAACUUUUCAAAGGCUUCAUUACACUUUCUCUGUUGUUUAGUCAUCACAAGGAGUCAAUCAUUGUUUUGAUGUCCAGUGCCUUUCAAACAGUGAAAUAGAGUGCCUUAUAACCCCAUUUAUCUGGUCUUAACAGGUAAACUCCAGAUUGCUGCCAGAGCAAGGUAAUGAGAGUCAGUCUUCCAAAGAUUAACAGGUUGCAAGCAAGACUGGACAUUGAAUUUCCUUGUGUAACAGCCAGCUCAGAAAUAGAGAGGUCAGUAUGACCUAUUAGAGCAACGUUUCCAUAGGUCUGACAUAAAAUACUUAAAUGUGACUCCACCAUUGCAAUUGGCAAGGAAUACAAAUAGUGAAUAGCUUUACAUUACUCUGCCAGUCACAAAGAGGCACACUGAAACCUACCUGGAUAUUUUUAAGCAUUGCCAGAAAAAAAAAAAAAAGAAAAAAAAACAGGAACUAUCAAUGAUGUGAAAGCAGAAUUUGCCUUGUAAAGAAAGUUUUCUUUAUUCAAGGCCAGCAAGUUUGUUUCUGAAAGAAAUUUUCUCUGCAGAGAGCUAUAUGGUGUCUUCAUUCUGCUGGCCUUCAGCUAGAUAACGUAUCAGAAGAAAUAGUUCUGUGAUUAUCAGAGCAGCAAAUACAGAAGCUGAAGGUCAAGGCAAUACAAAGUAAUCAGAAAAUAGAGCAGCCAAGUUCUGAAAUCUACAAGGCAAACAACUUGUUGCAUAUGGAGUUAAGUACACAAUAUAAACACUGUGUCACGUCAUGAAAGAAAAGUUGGUUCUUAUUUACAUGCCUAGGUUUACAGUACUUGUACAUUCAAUACCUUUGCCUGGUGGCUAAUUCACCUUGAUGUAAAUUACUGUGAGUUCUUGUCUUAAAGAUGGUCAGAUGUCUGGAUACAUUGGGUUUGUCUUCUUUUUUUCCAGUAAGGAGUUGCAGCACACUACAUAGUGCAAGCAGUUAGAUUCUUGAGAUAAAUUGAUAAGAUCUGUAAGAUACAAUUUACCUCUCAUGUAGUAUUUAUCUGUUCAGGCCCCAGGAGAACCUACUUUUUACGAUGCUGAGUACCUAGAAGAGGCUCACUGUUCUCAACUCCUCUCAUUGGCUUCCACAGCUGUGCCCAUUAAUUUUCCAAUUCAGCUGUAAUUCGUGAUUCUUGAAACAGGCUGUGUGUAAGUUAUGCCCAACACAAGAGAUAUUUUUAGUCAUCUGAAUGCUUGAAGCUACUGGGGCAAGUUGGAAUACUUUUGAUUAGACUUUAUUUUCAAGCCAUGGGCUGACCACAGAUAGUAUCAACACUAUCUAAUAGUGAGUGGUUGUUUUGCUUUACAUAUAGUUAUAUAUUUUGCUGUCUGUUUACAGGAUGUAAUGCUUGAGAAGUAAGGUCAGCUGAGAAUAAUUUGCUAUAAAGGAAUUUGACUUCAGAAGAGACUCUGACAGGGCUGGGAUGAGUUAGUACCUUACUGGGGCAGGCCUCAGCCAGACGCAUCCCUCAUAGACAGGUGAGAUGUCUCUUAGCAUUUGUCUUAAGAGAAAUUCCAAAUCUUGAGGACUUAAUGAAAUCUUCUGUUGUAAGGACUUUCAAACCAAAGGAGGUUUGGAGCUGGUGCCCUAAAGGUGUACACUUGGGUCACAGGUUACUGAGGCCAUACACACUUCGGGAUAGAAUCAGAUUCUAUGCUGGAUCUUUCAAUCCCCCCCAUGCUCUCCACCUGUCUAGUAUCUUAAAGCUGUUAUUGGAUCACAUGAGAGAUUAACAGACUCAUGAGAGACAAAAAUUCUGAGAGUUGUUUGAUAGCAUGGCCAUGAUGCAGUUUAAAAAGCAAGCUGAAGGUUUAGGUUUCAGGAGGAUGGUUCUGGAAUUUCUUAUUAGUUUCUCUCUGAAAGAAAUCACCUUUAUUCUUUCCUAAUAGCAUCUGAAAUUUCUGAACUUGUCCUGCUAGUACAAGAUUAAUUCUUCCCUGUCCAGGGUGGGAGCCAAGUCCUGUGUGCUGAAAAAUUACUGUAUGUCUAGCCAAGUCUAUGUUAUGAAUUUGUAAAAGGGGUCCAGAAGGUUAUCAGCCCUAAGAGAACUCCUUUAAAAAGCAGUCUUCCUCUUUCCCUCAAAAAAAGCACUCUUUCAGCAGAUUCACUCUCUUCCAGAUGUCACCAUUCAGGGAGAAAUAUGGAAAUAAAAACAUCUGUGUUACUGCUGAGGCAGGAUGAACAAAGUAUUUCUCUGCUUUUUCUUAAAAAGUAGCAUUUAAAAAAAAAAAAAAAAA